CUUUUGUUGUUUAACUUUUUUUCUCAACAAUAGUUUUUGUGCACAUAAUUAAGUACUAAUUUAGAAAUAAGUUUGUUAGACAAUUACUUUUAAGGGGUAACUAUGAAAGGUUUUCGAAAAAGUGCUAAUGUGUGAAUUAAUUUUAUUUUCCUGCUUUCAGUCACUCAAGCACAGCCGCUGAUCACGAGAUGUUACCACGAAAUCUACCUCAGACUUCGCUUCUGCUCAUUUGUUUGCUGCAUCCCAGAUCUCAACAGGAGCUCUGCAGACACUCUUGAAAGUCUCUGAACAGAUUGUGACAUCAAGUCAAAGCAUGUUGACCUAAUAGUAGGUCAAAGUCUGCGACAUUGAUUCAGCAGUCCAAGAUAACACUGCCUUUUUUUAUCAGUAUCACUUCUGAAGGCUACAGAAAUCCUGCUGUUUCUUCCCUGAUUACUUCAGAAACGUUCAACUGACCAUUCUUUGGCAAAAAGAUCUUGACUUUUCUCUCUGGUCCUGGAAAUAUUAAUGGAAUACAGUCAUGUCUACCCAGGACGAGAGGCAGAUAAAUACCGAGUAUGCUGUAUCCUUGCUGGAGCAGUUGAAAUUCUUUUAUGAACAGCAGUUGCUAACUGACAUAGUGUUGAUUGUUGAGGGCACUGAAUUUCCCUGCCAUAAGAUGGUUCUUGCAACAUGCAGCUCAUAUUUCAGAGCCAUGUUCAUGAGCGGGCUAAGCGAAAGUAAACAAACACAUGUACACCUGAGGAAUGUGGAUGCAGCCACUUUGCAAAUUAUCAUAACUUAUGCAUACACGGGUAACUUGGCAAUAAGCGACAGCACGGUAGAACAGCUUUAUGAAACUGCCUGCUUCUUACAGGUAGAUGAUGUGUUACAACGGUGUAGAGAAUACUUAAUCAAAAAAAUUAACGCAGAAAAUUGUGUGCGUCUUUUAAGUUUUGCUGAUCUCUUCAGCUGUGAAGAAUUAAAACAGAGUGCUAAAAGAAUGGUAGAGCACAAGUUCACAGCCGUGUACCACCAGGAGGCUUUCAUGCAACUGUCACAUGAUCUACUGAUAGAUAUUUUAAGCAGUGACAAUUUAAACGUGGAAAAGGAGGAGACAGUUCGUGAAGCUGCUAUGUUAUGGCUGGAGUACAACACAGAGUCACGGUCGCAGUAUUUGUCCUCUGUUCUUAGCCAAAUCCGAAUUGAUGCACUUUCAGAAGUAACGCAGAGAGCCUGGUUUCAAGGCUUACCACCUAAUGAUAAAUCAGUAGUGGUGCAAGGACUCUACAAAUCGAUGCCCAAGUUUUUCAAGCCCAGACUUGGUAUGACAAAAGAGGAAAUGAUGAUAUUCAUUGAAGCUGCUGCUGAAAACCCUGGUAGUCUUUAUUCUUCUGUCUGUUAUAGCCCCCAGGCAGAAAAAGUUUACAAACUCUGCAGCCCUCCUGCUGACUUGCAUAAGGUUGGGACACUGGUAACUCCUGAUAAUGACAUCUAUAUAGCAGGUGGGCAAGUUCCUCUGAAAAACACAAAAACCAACCACAGUAAAAGCAGCAAACUCCAGGCUGCCUUCAGAACUGUGAAUUGCUUUUACUGGUUUGAUGCACAGCAGAACACUUGGUUUCCAAAGACACCGAUGCUCUUUGUUCGUAUAAAGCCAUCCCUGGUCUGCUGUGAAGGAUACAUCUAUGCAAUUGGAGGAGAUAGCGUCGGUGGAGAACUCAACAGGAGAACUGUGGAGAGAUACGAUACCGAGAAGGAUGAGUGGACCAUGGUAAGCCCAUUGCCUUGCGCGUGGCAGUGGAGCACAGCAGUAGCAGUUCACAACUGCAUUUAUGUAAUGGCACACAACUUGAUGUACUGUUAUUUUCCCAGGUCAGAUGCUUGGGUAGAAAUGGCUAUGCGACAAACAAGUAGAUGUUUUGCUUCAGCUGCUGCUUUUGGUGAUAAAAUAUUCUAUAUUGGAGGACUGCAUAUUGCCAGCAAUUCUGGUAUAAGGCUCCCAAGCAGUACUGUAGAUGGGUCUUCCGUAACUGUGGAAAUCUAUGACGUGAAUAAAAAUGAAUGGAGAAUGGCAGCCAAUAUCCCUGCCAAGCGGUAUUCUGACCCGUGCGUUAGAGCCGUCGUGAUAUCUAAUUCUUUAUGCGUCUUCAUACGAGAAACCCACAUGAACGAGAGAGCGAAGUAUGCCACCUAUCAGUAUGAUCUGGAGCUCGAUCGCUGGUUUCUAAGGCAGCACAUAUCAGAACGUGUGCUGUGGGACUUGGGGAAAGACUUUCGGUGCACUGUAGGAAAGCUGUAUCCAUCUUGCCUUGAAGAGUCCCCAUGGAAACCUCCAACGUAUCUCUUCUCACCAGAUGGAGCCGAUGAAUUUGAGCUGGAUGGGGAGAUGGUUACUUUACCACCUGUAUAGCUCCCACAUUGGACUGCACAACUGAUUCUGUGCUCAGUUAUCUUGAAAUAAAUGGUUGUGAAAGAACAGGUCUGGAAGCAGAAGCGUCAAACCUGUCUUUCAUGAGUUGUAUUUUUAUGCCCUACCUAACACUUGCCGCCAUUCAGUAUGAAUCAGUGAAACGAGCAGAUAGGCUUCCAUAAUCUGAAAUACUAUUACCUGGUAAUUGAGAAACGUAUAUGUAUAUCAUGAGCUUAAGCAUCCGACUUGUCUGAAGAAUUAAUGCGUAGUUCUAUGAAGUCUUGGUUCAGGAAAAUUAGCUGCAGAAAAAAAGUAGUUACUGUUUCUAGGAUGAUGUCACAACUCUUUUGAAAGUAUCUUCCAGUUAUAUUUGAACUACUUCUGGAUAUUCUACUUAAGUGCUAGUUCUGUAAUUGUCAGUGUGGCCUAAUUAAAGGACUGUGCUGCACUUACUUAAUACUAAUAUCCAUGUUGGUAUAGUAAUGCCAUUAAAAGAAAAAGAAACAAAUCCCAUGGAUCUACCUGUGGUAGGAAGGGUAGAUCUUCCAUUGUAUGGUAACAUGCAGGGCAAAGUGACUGCAGGUUCAGUCAAGCUGUAUUAUUAGGUGCAUGUAUUCUAUUUUCACUAACUUAUACCUGUCUAUUUAGAAUACAGGUCUUCCAAGCAGCUGGUAGUUUACCAGGUGUGGACUUAAGUUGCUGGGCUUGCAAUAGGAGUUGUCAGCCCUCACAGUGCGGGUCUAUGUGGAGCUUUAAUCCGUAAAUGUCUCCACGUUCUGUAUUACAGUAACAUUGGCUCAUGUAUAUUACUUCCUGCUGCUGAUGUAUUUUUCCAUUGUAAAACAAAGUUUUAGUGUGGAUUAACCAGGUCUUUAUUUUCUGUUAAUUUAAUAACAAGCAUUACUGUAGUGUGAUUGUGUAUAGAUAUCCCUUAGCUAUCAGGUUUUUUACUUUGGGGGGGAGCAAACUGUUCAGGAAUAUCCUGUGCUCUGUGUGCAGGAGAGCAGAUGACUAGUGCUGCUCUGGCAUUAAUCCCAGGAACCACUAGCAGUAGCGGGGCGCUGCCAAUCUAACAUGAACACAGGUGCUUCAUGACAAACCUUACUAGCAUGUUCAGCUGCAUCAUGUUCUGGCACUGUAUUUUGAAUGACAUUAAUUUAUUAAAAAAGA